ACUCAAAGUUACAAUGAAGGAAAGGAAGAGCUUUCAUUUUCUGUCUAUAGCGCGAUCCAGAUAUUCAAUUUACUCGCUUCAGUUGGUAAGUGUUUAUAUAAUGCUUCAACACAUAAUAGUUCGUCCCUUCGGGGACAUCCGAUAAAAUUGGAACGAUACAGAGAAGAUUAGCAUGGCCCCUGCGCAAGGAUGACACGCACAAAUCGAGAAAUGGUCCAAAUUUUUUUUCACUUUUUUUCUCUCUUCAUCAAUUGCGUUUUCCUUUUUUGAAGAAUCCUAUGCAGCAUCGCCAUUGUUCCCUCUUAUUGUCUCAAUUCAUUUUUAAGUUUUGUUCCUAAUUUUACGGUUUUCUUUUUCUUCUUUUUUGCAGAUUACAAACAAAACCCUAGACGGAUUAACGAGUAGAUGAAGAUAAUCUAGUUGCAGUAAAGUAAAUCAAUGCGCUAUUUGUCUAUUGAUUAUCUUAAUUUUCAAAUGUAGGGUUAAUUUUUUGUAAGGUUUGAUUUUUAUAGCUUACAUUGAAAUGCAGUGUCACUAGAUUUUAUAUGAUAUUAACAUGUAUGUAUGUGUUACUACUUACUGCUAAAUUUGUCAAUAAAAAUCCCUCCUUUUAUACAUUUUUUUUUGUGAUAUAAUCAUAUAAAACAUAAUUGAAGUAUUGCUCCUAACUUUUUUGUUGUCUCUUCUUAAUUGCUGAUUUUUAUAUGUCUAUUUACCUUCCGUCUUUGUUGAAUGUCUUUUUCUUAUGAUUAAGGAAACAAGUUAGAUGUAAUUCAAUUUCAGGAGAAACUGCACUACAAAAUAUAUUGACUUACUUUCAAGUUUUUCUUCAAAGUGUUUCCUUUUCUAAAAUUCCUAAAACAAAGUUCAGCUGAAUAAACUCUGCGAGACGUUAAGCAACGGAACCAACACAACACAGAUAAUUAAUAAGCUCUAAGACAAACUUAAUAAUAAUGGCUGUAGUUUGCUUUAUCACUCCUCUCCAUGCUACUUAGUCUUCCAAUUCAUUGCUUUUGGGUUUCUAUCUCUGCAAGAACAAUUUUUUGAGUGUUUCGUGUCAAAUUCCCAUUUGCAUAGGUCAUAGUAUAGUAUCAUCAACACCUUUUUUUAACCCUUUUCAUUCCACAUUUGUAACCCCCUUGUUGAACAUCUUACUUUUCAUUCCAUCCUUAAACUUAACUGAGAUUGGGACAGUUAAGGCUGAAGCCUCUAUUAAUCUGCAUGAUUUCAUGGCAGCUCACAUUUCUGUGAGUGAAACUGGAUAUCUUUGGACCUUGUAUAACCAAUGCUGCAAAGGUGGUAGACAUAAUCAUCUAGCCUUAUAUCAGUCUAGGGUCCAAUGCACUGUGGAAUCACAUUUCCAGCUCCCAUGGCAAAAGCUCCAGCUGGUUUGUCUUCAUCAAGUACUAGUCUUCAUGUGUGGUUAGUCACAUCUUUUUAUCAUGAUUUCAGAUUUGACAGAUGCAAGGCUCCAUCUUGCGUGAGCUGAACAGAUAAGAGUUCCAAUUCCACUGACAUGAGGAUAUGCCAUUGAGGUGCCUUACAUGACAGAGAAGUUCACACUUUUAGUGUCCUCUGGAAGGCCUAUCGGAUCAAGGUUCCGAGGCCAUGCAGCAAUGAGGUUGAAUCCUGGCGCUAUACCAUCUGGUUUAAGGAUUGAAGGGUUUGUAAAAUUUGGCCCUCUGACUGAGAAUCCUGUGUACACUUUGUUAUUACAGUUCCUCAAAAUUCAAACCGAGCAAGUGGCCUUGUUGUGGAGUUUAUGUAAGAUUUCAAGUCGACUAAUUCAUCAGAUCCUACCAAUGUUGCAGGCAAGACAUGAACAUCCACCGAAUCUUCUUCUAAGUUUUGCUGUGUGUUUGCCAAGAUCAUAGAAGCACAACCUGCUUCUUCACAACUUGACCCUUCUCUGAUCUUCCAUUGACACCUCAAUUGCAUUCCGCCAUUUUGCCUUGAACAUUGUCCUUUGGAAGAGACCCUUUGAGGCAAGGUUGCUUCUUCCAAGUGCAUAUUCAGCAGAAUAAUAAUAAUAAUAUGUUGCUGAAAUGGAGGAAUUGUUUAUGACUGAUGUUGAAGAGGGUAAUCAACAACAGCCAGAGCUAGCUCUAGUAGGUUCAAGUUGUCUGUUUUGUAUUGUAUGGAGAGGGAGCCUAUAUAUCGCUAACGUUGGAGACUCCCGUGCUGUAAUGGGUUAUUUGGAUCCAUUUAAUAGAUUCAAUAUUCGGCAGUUAGUCGAAGAUCACAAUGCUCGUAAUCGUAACAGGCAUAUUAAAAAAGAACUCGAGAAGUUGCAUCCAAAAGAUCCGACUACUGUGACUUAUAAUUUUGACGCAUGGCGUGUUCGAGGCAUAAGUGAAAUAAGCAGUUGUAUAAGAAAUGCAUAUUUGAAGCGGGCACCGUUCACUUUAACCUCAUCCUUCCGAGUCCCACAGUCGGAACUUGCACCUUCUGAUUUUUCCCAACCUUUGCUAUCAGCAGAACCUGCAAUAUCUUCAAGAGUCUUAAAUGACGUUGAUAAAUUCAUUAUAUUUGGAUCUGGUGGACUUUGGAAAUUGUUGUCAAAUUGGCAAGCAGCUGAAAUUGUUCACACCAAUCCACGAGAUGGAAUCGCGAAAAGGAUUUUGAUGACUGCUCUACAGAUUGCAGCUAAAUGAAAUAAUAUAAGCUAUAGCGAGCUUCAGGAGAUUCCUACGGGACAUGGUGUUAUUAGGGGUCCUAGUGUUUCUGUUGAAGGGACUAGGCCGGCUUAUCAUGAUGAUAUCUCUGUGAUUGUUGUAUUCUUCGACAAAAAGCCAGAACUGAAUCCGACUGUGAGGCCAGUGGUGACCUCGGUGCCAGGAAUCGAUUCCUUCAGAGGCUUCUCU